UUCCUGUUUACGUCCAGGACGUUUUGGGGUAGUUUCAUCUUCAUCCCAUCCCCCGUUGAAUCUGCGUAGAACGUUCCGUUCAAAUAUGAACUUAGGAGCUGUUUUUUGUUUCCACCGGUUCAGGUUGUUACCUAAACGUUCGUUGAGUACGUUCGGGCCCCUCAGAAAUCUGGUUCCGGUAGAAUUGUCCUACAACGUAUACGAGAAGACCAAAAGCGACCCACAGACACCCCCUUUGCUCAUAUUGCACGGUCUUUUUGGAUCCAAAUCCAACUGGAACAGCCUCUCGAAAGCAUUCAACCAGAAAACGAAACCCGUUCGGAAGAUUUAUUCUAUAGAUGCACGCAACCAUGGGGAAAGUCCACACUCGGAUUUGCACUCGUACGAACACAUGAUAGCAGAUCUGGUAGCUCUAUACCGGAAACUGAAUAUCGAGAAGGCAUCCGUGAUUGGCCACAGCAUGGGUGGGCGCGCCAUGAUGCUAUUGGCAUUGAAACAUCCCGAACUGAUAGAGAACGCGAUCAUUGUAGACAUUUCGCCAACGCCAGGUCUGGGCACGAGCAACACCGACAUUCCGCUUUUCCUUCGAUCGAUGAAGUUGAUAAAGAUUCCCGCGGAGCAAACUAUUCACCAGGCGCGAAAAACGGCAGAUCUGCAGCUUGCCAAAAUUAUUGCUGAGAAACCGUUGAGAGAUUUUCUGAUAACCAACUUGGUUAAGUCGGAUGAAAGUGGAGAAUUUAGGUGGCGCAUAAAUUUGGACUCGUUGGAACGCAACUUCAACUCCGGGGUGGCCAAAUUUCCGGACGUGACCGGGAUGCAGUUCACGGGACCCACGCUCUUUAUUGCUGGGGGGAGAUCUGACUAUAUAAAAAAAUCCGAUGUACCAAUCAUCAAGCAGCUAUUCCCAAACUCGGAUAUUCGCUAUGUUGAGGGAGCUGGACAUUGGGUGCACAGCGAAAAAUCAGCUGUGUUUGCGGAAAUCGUUCUAAGCUUUUUGAACAAAAACUGAUCCUUUGUUAAAAUUGUACAAAAUAAAUACAGCUGAAUCAA